AGCUUCUGGGUGGAUAUAAGAAGUACCUAAACAGAGCAUACGCCAAUAUUCCAGCAUAGACAUAAUGAAUCUGCACAAAUUAUUCCUAUCAUAAAGGUGUGUGUGUUUCAUAUUCUUUCCUACCUACAGAGGCUAAAUAUGAUGUACGGUGUUGUUAAUGCAGAUUUUUUCCCCACUGGAUUAUUUGCUAAUCAGACUACAGUACGGUGGAGAUAAAAGAGAGAAUCUGUUGCCUAGAUAGGAGGCUUUAAUGAGCAACUGAACCCCUGGGAGCUGAAAUCUGAAGUAGAAUGAUGCUGUUUUCGGGUCUCUUGUCAUUUCUUCACUUGCUUCUUCUCAUCCGUUUUCCAAUGGGCCUAGUGAGCAGGAACUAUCCAAGGUACUAGAAUGCUGGCUGCUUGGUUGCUGAAUACAAGCGGAUUGCAGAAAGAGAAGAGAACCAGAUUACUGCUUAUAUCAGAAGGUAGGCUUGCUCUUUGUUUGAGAAUCCCUGAUUAAUCAACAGCAGCAUCAACAGACUAAGGCAGCUGGAGAGAGCAAGCCUGCCUGUAAGUCACGGGGGAGAGAGACGAUGCCACAAGCUUGACUGCUUCAAACCUUCUAUAUCUAAGUGGCAAUGAGAGAGAGAGCAUCUUUUCUGCUGCAAGAAGCCAUUUGGAUAGGAUGUUUUCUAUUCCUUGUUUUCAUUUAUUUUUGUCACCACAGAAUACAUUCAAAUGAGGCACCUUAGCAAUCUCUGUGUUAUUGCAUAUGACGGUGGUGUAAUCUUCUACGUUGUAAAGUGGGUAAACAUCAUCCAGUUUCUUCUCAGCUGGACCUCAAAGCAGGGUGCUGUUUGUACCCUCCUAUUUUCUAUGCCCUCUGUUCUCUGAAUGUGGAUUUAAAGAAGCAAGCACCUGUCUUCUCUUGCCACUGCAUUUUUAAAAGCCAAACUUUAAAGGCCAUUUUAAUUCUAUACCAAGAAGAUCUUUAACAUAACCCACUGACUUCUAGUGAUGCAGAAUUCUACAAUCUGGGCAUCUUUGCCAACAAGAUUUAAUGCACUUUAACCGAAGAAAAACUGAGCCUAAUUGCAAAUCUGUUUCUUAUGGUGCUGAAAUAUUCCUUCAGACUGCACUGAGAUAACCACAGGAAAGGGCUUUUACAGACAAAAGUCACCUUUGAUUAUUGCACUUAGCAGUCCCCGUGGACUUAAAUUUUGGAAGUGUUGCUUUCCUUCAUCCAUUAUCUCCUGCAAAAUGAUGAAUUCUAAUCAGGAGGAGGUCACGUUGGGCACUUUUCUCCAGUAUAUUGAAGAUAUGGGGAUGAAGGCCUAUGAUGGCUUGGUUAUACAGAAUGCAUCAGACAUUGCUCGAGAGAAUGAUCGCAUGAGGAAUGAAACAAACCUGGCUUACUUGAAAGAAAAGAAUGAAAAACGCCGUAAACAAGAAGAAGCAAUAAAACGCAUAGGUGGAGAAGUCGCGAGAGGAAGUGAAGGAAGCUAUGUGGGCAAACAUUUCCGCAUGGGAUUUAUGACAAUGCCUGCUCCUCAGGACAGACUGCCGCAUCCUUGCUCUAGUGGCUUUACCGUGAGAUCCCAGUCUCUUCAUUCGGUUGGGGGUACCGAUGAUGAAAGCAGUAGCUGCUCUCGUAAACAACCUCCACCAAAACCUAAACGAGAUCCCAACACCAAAUUGAGCACCUCAUCUGAAACGGUCAACUCUGGAACAAGUAAGAGUGGGAAACUACCGGACAAGACUGAAGCAUCGGCCAAACCAAGACCUCACAGUGAUGAAUAUACCAAGAAGAUCCCUCCUCCUAAGCCUAAACGAAAUCCAAACACUCAGCUAAGCACAUCUUUUGAUGAAACGUACAUCAAAAAGCAUGGCCCCAUGAAGACAACACUCACUAGGGAUGCCUCUUUAUCGCAAGUCAGCAGUCCUGCCCCAGACACAGAAGAAGAAGAGCCUGUUUAUAUUGAAAUGGUUGGGAAUAUACUAAGAGACUUCAAGAAAGAUGAGGAUGACCAAAGUGAAGCAGUCUAUGAGGAGAUGAAAUACCCUAUAUUUGAUGAUGUAGGCCAAGAUUCAAAGUGUUCAUGUGAAUAUGACCAUCACAGUUGUUCUUCUCAGUGUGCUACUCCCACAGUGCCUGACCUAGAAUUCACCAAGUCCUCAGUGCCAUCUACUCCCAAGGGCUUGCUUUGUGAUAUCCCCCCACCAUUUCCAAAUCUACUUUCUCAUAGACCUCCACUACUGGUGUUCCCACCAGCACCAGUGCAGUGUUCCCCAAAUUCUGAUGAGUCUCCUCUAACUCCACUGGAAGUCACAAAGCUUCCUGUAUUAGAAAAUGUGUCUUACAUCAAACAACAAGCUGGAGCUUCUCCAUCUUCACUGCCACCUCAUACACCGGGCCAUCAAAAACUGGAGAAAGACCAGACAGUAUCUCAUGGAACUACUACUCCUGGGCACUCCUCCUCACCUCCUCAUCCUUCUACCUUAUACAGAACACAGUCUCCACAUGGCUACCCUAAAAGUCACUCUGCCUCACCCUCUCCUGUCAGUAUGGGUAGGUCUCUUACCCCCUUAAGCCUCAAAAGACCUCCACCUUAUGACUCUGUACAUUCAGGAAGUCUCUCAAGAAGUUCUCCAUCAGUGCCUCAUUCUACAGCCAGAAACACGUUGCAAGAAGGGGGAAAGAUGGUAAAUGCCUCGGUCAAUACCUACGGGUCAUCAUCACAGAGUGGUUCACGUUCUAGAACACCGACCAGUCCUUUAGAGGAACUAACCAGCCUCUUUACCUCAGGACGAAGUUUACUGAGGAAGUCGUCCAGUGGCAGAAGAUCUAAAGAGCCUGCAGAGAAACCAUUAGAAGAGUUGAAGAUCAGAAGCCACAGUACUGAACCACUACCAAAGUUGGAAAACAAAGAAAGAGGAGGUCACCAUGGGACAACUUCCUCCAGGGAGCCAAUAAAAGCUCAGGAAUGGGAUGGAACACCAGGACCACCAGUUUUGUCCAGUAGACUGGGAAGAUCCUCUGUUAGUCCAACGAUGUUAGCAGGAAACAACAGCUCAGAGCCUAAAGCAAGCUGUAGAUUAGGUCGAUCUGCAUCCACAUCAGGUGUGCCUCCUCCAUCAGUUACUCCUCUCAGGCAAGCCAGCGAUCUCCAACCCAGCCAGGAACUGGAGCACUCCCAGGAGGCAGAAGAUCUAAAGAAGAAUUUUUGCUUCGAGAGCCAUAUGCUGGACCCCAUUCCUCUGCUUCCAGAUUGCAGGCUGGCAACAGAGCUACCAAGUGGCCAUAACUGCUGUACCGAAGUUUCGUUAGCUCCCUCUACCCCAGCUCUUGGGGGUAACUCAAUGACCUGAGCCCAUAUAGUGGAGUAUAUCCGCUCUCUCCCA